AUGGUUCUCGCACGAUUUGCCUGGCUUGCCGGCUUGGUUGGCACUGCCAUUGCUGCUACCCCGGCUGAAUGGCGCUCUCAGUCGAUCUACUUCAUGCUCACUGAUCGCUUUGCCCGAACUGAUGGUUCGACUACUGCUGCUUGUGAUACCGAUGAAAGAAAAUACUGCGGUGGAACAUGGCAAGGAAUCAUAGACAAUCUGGACUACAUCCAAGGAAUGGGCUUCACGGCCAUUUGGAUCACACCCGUAACCGGUCAGUUGACUGAGGAAACCCCGUACGGAGAAGCCUAUCACGGAUACUGGCAGCAGAACAUCAACGCUCUUGAUCCGAACUACGGAACUGCAGACGAUCUCAAGGCUCUUGCUGAGGCUUUGCAUAAACGCGACAUGUAUCUCAUGGUCGAUGUAGUAGCAAACCACAUGGGCUAUGAUGGCGCAGGUGCUGAUGUGGACUACUCCAAAUUCAAUCCCUUCAACGACGCAAAGUAUUUCCACACCUACUGUCCAGUCACUGAUUAUGACGAUGACACCAAUGCGCAAACCUGCUGGCUUGGUGAUGAUAAUGUUUCGCUACCCGACCUCAACACAGAAAGCACAGAGGUGCAAGAUAUUUGGUAUGACUGGGUUGGAAAUCUCGUUUCUAACUACUCGAUCGAUGGUCUCCGCGUGGACACAGUCAAACACGUCCAGAAAGAUUUCUGGCCUGGCUACAACAAAGCUGCGGGCGUCUACUGCGUAGGAGAGGUCCUUGAUGGCGAUGUUGAUUAUACCUGCCCAUACCAAGAAGUAAUGGACGGAGUACUCAACUACCCAAUUUACUAUCCACUCCUGGCCGCCUUCCAAUCAACCACAGGAAGCAUGACCGCCCUAUACAACAUGAUUAAUACUGUGAAAUCGACCUGCAAGGACUCAACCCUUCUCGGAAAUUUCUUGGAGAACCACGAUAACCCUCGCUUUGCCUCCGUGACCGACGACAUUGCCCUCGCCAAGAACGCAGCCACGUUUACCAUCAUGACAGACGGCAUUCCUAUUGUCUACGCAGGGCAGGAGCAGCACUAUAGUGGCGGUGAAGACCCAGCUAAUCGUGAGGCCCUCUGGCUGUCUGGAUUUAACACCGACAGCGAGCUGUACAAGCUCAUUGCAAAGGCCAAUGGUGCUAGAAAUCAGGCGAUUUCUAAGGGUACCAACUAUACUAUCUACCAGAACUACCCAAUCUAUAAAGAUGAUAGUACCAUCGCCAUGCGGAAGGGCUUUGAUGGCGGGCAGACAAUCACCGUCCUAACAAAUCUCGGCGCAGGAGGUAAAGAGUACACAGUUUCGAUUCCUGAUACUGGAUUUGAGGCUGGUGACGAGUUAACGGAGAUUGUGUCCUGUGCCACUGUUACUGUUGCUGAGGGCGGAGAGGUGCCUGUCCCUAUGGCGAGUGGAGAGCCGAGGAUUUUGCUCCCUGCCGCUUUGCUUGAGGGUUCAACUCUGUGCUCGUCAUAG